AUGGUCCGCAAGAAGUUCUCGUCGCCCUUCCUCGAGGCGGCACACAAGAAGCAAGUACGACUGUGUGCAGCAUUUGGCGGUCAAGCUCCAGACAACGGCACUUGCUUGGAAUCUAUUCGACGACUACGAGCUCAUGGCGACGCCGCUGUGAGCACUCUUCUCAAGUUAGCCAACACCACCUUGGCGGACUUGGGUGAUGAAGAACACCCAUCAAGAUUCCACGAUAGCCAUGGCUUCGCCCUGGAAGCCUGGCUUGACAAUGCUGAUGUCGCGCCGGACAGCGACUAUAUUGCUCUCGCGCCCGUGAGCUUUCCGCUCAUCACUCUGAUCAGCUUGAUCGAAUACACUUUGACUUGCAGAGCACUUGGAGUGCAUCCUGGGCAAUUGAGAGAACUCUUGACAAACGUGACUGGCCAUUCGCAAGGCAUGUUUGCUGCUGCGGCCGUUGCGGUUGCACGAGAUUGGCCUUCAUUCUUUGACGCCUGUGAAGCCGUUCUCUGCCUCUCGUUCUGGGUCGGGUUGGAAUCGCACCAUGCAGCGCCGAAGUCGAAAAUUCCCGCAGUGUCAGCGAGCGACUGCAUUGCACAUGGCGAAGGGCAACCUAGCUACAUGCUCAGCGUGACUGGCCUGCCAAGACCCCAGCUCGAGGCAGUCAUAAGGCGCGUCAACAGCAAUAAUACAGACGGCGGGGACAUUCAUCUGGCAUUAAUCAAUUCGAGCAAGCACAGAUUCGCCAUUGCUGGACAGCCAUCAGCUCUACGAACCAUGUGCAUGCAUCUACGCCAAAUCAAGGCACCAGAAGGCAUAGACCAACGACGGCUGCCAUUCCACAAACGCAAGCCUAUGGUGCAGGUGCAAUUCAUGCCAAUAUCGGCUCCUUUCCACACUAAGUUCUUGGAGUGCGUAGAUCAGCUUGUAUUGCAGCGUCUCGAUGGCGUAAUAGCUCUUGGUUCUGCAGAGAUUCUGUUACUGAAUCCAAGCAAUGGCCACCACAUCACUGAUCUGGCAUCUCCGGCUGAGCUGAGUCAACUGAUUCGUUCUGUCACAGUAGACAGAGUUGAUUGGGCCGCGACUUGCCUCGCGCUUCCUGUUUCGCACUUGCUGGCAUUCGGGCCCGGUCGAAGUGCAAGCCUGAUCAAUGAGACAACUGACGGCAUCGGUCUCCAAGUUGUUCAAGUCACCGAUUUGUUGCCAGCGCUAAAAGAUAGCGACAACAACGGUGAUAUCUUUGCGAAUUUACGAUGCUCUCCUUUGCAAAGCUGGCAGCAGGAGUUUGCGCCCGAAGUGGUCAUUGACCAACACGAGUGCAAGAAUCUCGUCACGAGAAUGUCCUUAUUGCUUGGUGCUCCUCCUAUCAUGGUUGCAGGCAUGACACCAACCACAGUGCAUCCUGAAUUCUGUGCGGCGAUCAUGGACGCGGGUUACCAUGUUGAGCUCGCAGGAGGUGGCUACGCCAGCGAGUCAAAGUUCGAAGCUGCGUUGCGCGAGCUCUCUGCGAGGGCGCCUGAGCGACGAGGAAUCACUUGCAAUGUGCUGUAUAUCAGCCCCAAGACCAUUGCCUGGCAGAUCUCUACCAUCAGGCGACUCAUCAGAGAAGGCGUGAGAAUCGACGGGAUCACUAUUGGCGCUGGGAUUCCUUCGCCAGAGGUUAUCAAAGAAUAUAUUGAGACUGUUGGUCUCAAGCACAUUUCUUUUAAGCCGGGCACCGAGGAAGCAAUUAGAGAAGUGGUCGAAAUCGCGCGACAGAACCCCACUUUCAAUUUUGGACUUCAAUGGACUGGCGGACGUGCAGGAGGACAUCACUCACUGGAGGACUUUCAUGACCCAAUUCUGAAGACAUACAGUCUCAUUCGGAGCUGCGAGAAUAUCGUGCUUAUCGCAGGCAGUGGUCUGGGAGAGGCGUCUGAGAUAAGUCCAUAUUUCACUGGCGAAUGGGCUUCUGAGUUCGGUCGUCCGGCUAUGCCCUUCGAUGGUGUUCUUCUGGGCAGCCGAGUCAUGAUCGCCCGUGAAGCGAAGACAUCUGCUGCAGCGAAGAGACUCAUUGUCGACGCUGAAGGCGUUGAGGAUGCUAACUGGCACAAGGCCGCCGACGCAAACACAGGCGGCGUAAUCACAAUCACGUCAGAGAUGGGUCAACCCAUCCACAUGCUCGCGACUCGAGGUGUGAUGCUGUGGAAAGAACUGGAUGAGACUGUGUUUUCCAUCAAGGACGUCAAAAAACGACUGGACUAUCUACAAAGCCAUCGAGGUCGCAUCAUCUCUCGCUUGAACCAGGACUUUCAAAAGCCAUGGUUCGCCAUUGAUGCGACGGGACGUACGGUGGAGAUCAACGAUCUGACAUACGCAGAGACUGUUGCACGAUUUUGUAAGCUUACAUAUGUGGAACAUCAAAACAGGUGGAUCGAUCCCUCAUACCACUCUCUGGCAAAGGAAGUUGUGCAUAUGGCCGCAGAGCGCUUCGGACAAGUCAUUGACACCACCCACUGUGAUCACCCUGGCGACCUCCUCCUGUCACUCGAAGCCGAACUGAACGAGAGUGCCAAUGAGACAUUGUACCCCGUUGAUGCACGCAAGCUUCUUGCACUCUUUCGCCGUCGUGGUCAAAAGCCAGUGCCUUUCGUUCCCAAGCUGGACGAAAACUUCGAGACAUGGUUCAAGAAAGAUUCACUCUGGCAAGCUGAAGACAUUGAUGCAGUUCUGGACCAAGACAUUCAGCGCGUUUGUAUCAUCCAUGGUCCAGUAGCCGCGCGACAUUCCAAGAAAGAUAGCGAAAGCGUGAAAGACAUCCUCGACGAAAUCUAUCGGCCGCUUAUAGAAGAUCUUUCAGAUACAGAGCGACUAGCGCCGCUCGUGGACUCGCAGAGUGACGAUGCAGUCCAUAUUGCGCUCCCACCGAAGGCGGUCAGUGAAGUUCCAGGUCUUAAGAUCUCUACUACCGGGCAAAAGACGACCUACGAGCUGCUGAAAACAGGCAAACUACCAGAGCCUUCCGCCAUGUUGCAGUUGCUGAGCGAAUCCGUAGGUGUGGAGUGGUUCGCGGCAUGUCUGCUCGAUGAAACUGUUGUGCGAGGCUCCGCUGCCUCGCCAAAUCCAAUUCGACAGGCUUUGCAAUUACAAGCUGGAGACAUCGUGGAGGUUAUUCGAUGUGCACAGUCAAAGGCCAUCGCAUCAGUGUCGUUCCUUUCUCCGUCGGGCGUACCGAAAAGACUGCACCGUGCUCUGACCGUAGAAGCCUUGGGCCAAGGCAGAUUGGGCGUAAGCGUCUCACUUGAUGCUGAGACCGCUAUGCGCAUACCAUUUGAAUAUCGUGCUGGGGUACCUGGAACGCGGCUCUCCUUGGUUUCAGACUGGUACUUGCGCACUGUACAGGACAUGUACGCAGAGCUUUGGGGAGAUGGCUCAGGAAUGCAGACCACAGCUGGGAUAGGUUCCGAGUUCUCGUGCAAAGCAGUCACAGUGCAACAUGAGGAAGUCCAGAAAUAUGUGCGGGUCAUUCAACAGUCUUGCCCACCACAACUUCUUGAUUGGCAGCCAGGCCAUUCUUCCUCUGUUCCUUUGGAUUACUGCAUCGUGGUUGCGUGGACUGCUCUUACCAAGCCUUUACUUCUCACCGAGCUGUCUUGUGACCUGCUGAAACUAGUCCACCAGUCAGUCAAUUUCCGCUAUGUGGACGGUGCCUCGCCUAUCGAAGUUGGAGAUGUCCUGCAAACAACAAGCCGCAUCACUAAGCUGGGCUCGCGCUCGAACGGCAGUCAAGUCGAGAUCUCGGCAACUAUACACCGCUCGAACGAAGCAAUCGUUGAUCUCACCUGUGAGUUCUUCAUUCAAGGGAAAGCCACAGAACAUGCAAAGCAGUUCACUUCGAUACGCGAGGCCGAUAUGGUGGUUGACAUCCAUUCUCCGGUCAUCGCUGCCUUGAUCACGAGCCGUAAAUGGCUCAUUCGGCAGCAUCCUGGCACAAGCUCAAGUCUGAUCGGACGCAGGCUAGUCUUCCAGUUGACCACUCAUACCACUUCGCCCUGCUCAACUGCUACCUCUGGCUCGCUACAAGCACAUGGACUGAUCUCAUUAUGCAACGGAGACGGCUCUCUUGAACCUUUCGGAAGGGUGUAUUUCGAAUGCGAGGACAACAGCUUCAACCCGGUGAAAGACUUCUUACAGCGGUACGGAACAUUGAAAGACGAGCGAAAUGACCUCGAAAAUCCAGGCUGGGAGGGCGGUCCAAGCACUCUUGUCAUGCGCGCCCCAUUGCGUAGCGCCUCGUACUCCUCCGUUUCGCGCGAUGGCAAUCCCAUCCACACAUCUCCGUUCUUGGCUCGCUUCGCCGGGCUGCCAGGUACGAUAGUACAUGGCAUGCAUCUGUCAGCAAUGGUGAGGAGAGCGACAGAAUGGCUCAUCGGCGAUCACGAGCAGUCGCGGUUCCAUAGCUGGACCGCGUCUUUCGAAGCCAUGGUCCGCCCAGGAGAUAUGCUGCGUACCGAAUUUCAGCACGUCGCUAUGGAGAAUGGUAAAAUGGUCCUUGAAGUGAAUGUCUACAACAACGUGACUGGCGAACGAGUAAUGAAGUCAACAGCUGUGGUCGAACAGGCUCGCACUGCCUACAUCUUCUGUGGACAGGGUAGCCAAGAGAAGAGAAUGGGUAUGAGCUUAUACGAGAGCAGUCCAGCAGCACGAGCUCUUUUCAAUCGUGGCGAGGCAUACUUGAGGGAGCACUACGGAUUCUCCAUCCUAAAGAUCAUUCGAGAAAAUCCUACGGGACUCACAAUCAGCUUCGGCGGGAGGCGCGGCCGUCGCAUUCGGCAGAACUACUUGACGAUGGGCCAACGCGGCACUUCAUCAACGCCCUAUCGCUGCAUCGUGCCGUCUUUGACUGCUCAAUCGGCGUCGUACACUUUCCACUAUCCGAAAGGUCUGCUCUACAGCACUCAAUUCUCCCAGCCGGCGCUUGCAUUGAUGGAGAUGGCACAAUAUGAGCAUCUCAGAUCACAAGGCAUCUUGCAACAAACGUCCUUAUUCGCAGGUCAUUCCUUGGGAGAGUAUGCCGCCCUAGGAAGUUGUUCGACUGUGCUUCCGUUCGAGAGACUGAUGACCCUGGUAUUCUAUCGCGGCCUGAAGAUGCAGAAUGCACUUCAAAGAGACAUCGAAGGCAAGACCGACUACAGUAUGGUAGCAGUGGAUCCAAGUAGGAUCAGCAAGGACUUUAGCGAAGCAACUUUCAGAUAUCUGGUUGAAGCCAUAGCUACGCAAAGCGGACUGCUACUUGAAGUUGUCAACUUCAACAUUCAAGACAAGCAAUAUGUUUGUGCUGGUCACUUCCGCACACUCUACAUCCUCUCAAAGAUUUGUGACGAACUCAGCAUCAUACGCGAUGCCGCCAAAUUCGUCACAGACUCCGCCAAGUUUUCCGCGCUCGUCAGAAAUCACAUCGAAGCGUCGUCCAUUCUGACGAACUCUUCUGUGCUGGAGCGGGGCAAGGCCACUAUUCCAUUGAGCGGAGUCGAUUUGCCAUUCCAUUCUACCAUGUUACGUGGGCACAUUGGAGAUUAUCGCGAAUACCUCGACCACGUGUUGAAGGUCAGUGACAUCAAAGUUGAGGAAUUGGUAGGGAGAUGGGUCCCCAAUGUGAUUGGCAAGCCUUUUGCUGUGAGCAGAGAUUACGUUGAGGAGGUGGCGAAGAUCACGAAUAGUGAGCGGCUUGGCCAUUUGGUUAGUGUGAUGGCGUAG